UCUCCGCGGGAAGAAAGGUGGGCGCUUCCGCCUGCCUUUCCCCAGGGUGCGAUGACGCUUGGGGGUCUCGUCCGGGUACUGUUGUAGGAGGCCAGGGCGCAGCUCGGGGUCAGCAGCGCCCUGGAAAGGAAAGGCCGGUAGCCGUCCUCCAUCUCCCGGCCGGUGGUGACACUCCACUGAUGUCCCGAAUGUUGACAGGUCUCCUCCCCGAACCGCAGGCUCCAGAGCUUCAUGGGUUUGAAUCCGGCUGCCGCCUGUAAGCCUCAGAGCACUGGAUUUCAUUCCUUAGCAUCCCUCUGAAGACGGUUCUGAGAGAGUUUCGUCCUGGAAGCACUUCCGCUAGAAGAACCUGUGAAGCUAGACAAUGCCUGUUGACCUGGGGCAGGCCCUGGGCCUGCUGCCCUCGCUGGCCAAGGUUGAAGACUCCCUGUUUUCUGGACCAGAUACUGUCCCCGAAGUGGAGCUCUCCAGCCCAGAGACUGCACGCCAGCUUUUCCGACAGUUUCGCUACCAGGUGACCUCUGGUCCGCAAGAGACCCUGAGGCAGCUCCGGAAGCUCUGUUUUCAGUGGCUAAGGCCAGAGGUUCACACCAAGGAACAGAUCCUGGAGAUCCUCAUGCUUGAGCAGUUUCUGACCAUCCUCCCUGGGGAGAUCCAGAUGUGGGUGCGGAAACAGUGUCCAGGCAGUGGAGAAGAGGCAGUGACCCUCGUGGAGAGUUUGAAGGGAGAUCCCCAGAGACUGUGGCAGUGGAUCAGCACCCAAGUUCUAGGACAGGAAAUGUUAUCAGAGACGAGAGACUCUUCAAGCUGCCAAGGGGGUGAAGUGGAACCCCACCCAGAAAUGAAGCCUCAAGAGCUGCCAUAUCAGAGUUCACCUGUAGGGCCCCGGGAGCUGCUGAGCCACCAUGUGAAAGAGGAAUCAGACAUGGAACCAGAACUGGCUCUGGCUGGUUCCCAGCUUCCUGCUCAACCGGAGGAAAGGAUCAUGGGAGACCAGGAUUUUGGAACAACACUUCUCCCAGCAGCACCUCAGGAGCAGUGGAGACACCUAGAUUCCACUCAAAAAGAGCAAUACUGGGAUCUCAUGCUGGAGACCUAUGGGAAAAUGGUUUCAGGAGCAGGCACUUCCAACUCCAAACUUGAUCUGACUAAUUCAGAGGAGUAUGGGGACGAGCUGGCAGGAUUGCACCUUCAUUCCCGUGAAAAAAUUCCACGACUCAUCUCUCUGGGGGACAGACAAGAGAAUGACAAAGAAAACUUAAACUUGGAAAAUCACAGGGACCAGGAACCUGUGGAUGUCUCCUGUCAAGCAUCAGGCGAGGCACCUUCGCAGACUGCCUUGAGGGGCUUCUUCGGUGCAGACGAGCCAAGACACUUUGGAGAAGGAGAAAAUCUCCCCGAGGCUCUGGAAAGCCUUCAUGGUGAGGGGACAGGGGUGCAGCUCUCGCCUCAUGAAAGGAGUUCUGGGAAACAGCUAGGUCAGCAUGUACCCAGUCUUCCUCCAGGAGAGCUGUCCAUCCUGUGGCUUGAUGAGAAGAGAGAGGCCUCUCAGAAAGGGCAGCCAAGAGCCCCCAUGGCCCAGAAACUGCCCACCUGCAGGGAGUGUGGAAAAACCUUCUAUAGGAAUUCACAGCUUGUUUUUCACCAAAGAACUCACACCGGAGAGACAUACUUUCAGUGCUCUGUCUGCAAAAAAGCCUUUCUGCGGAGCUCAGACUUUGUGAAACAUCAGAGAACUCACACAGGAGAGAAGCCCUGUAAAUGUGACUACUGUGGGAAAGGCUUUAGUGACUUUUCAGGAUUGCGCCACCAUGAGAAAAUCCACACAGGAGAGAAACCUUAUAAAUGUCCUAUCUGUGAGAAAAGCUUUAUUCAGAGGUCAAACUUUAAUAGACAUCAGAGGGUUCACACAGGUGAGAAACCUUAUAAAUGUACCCACUGUGGCAAAAGUUUCAGCUGGAGCUCCAGCCUGGACAAACACCAGAGAUCCCACUUAGGAAAGAAGCCCGGCCCUUAGCCAUACCCAGCCUGUUGGUUCCUGCCCAUAGGUAUGCCCACAGUGUGUCUUUUUUCCUGUCCAUUAAAACCGUCCCCUCCUCUUCCUGGAUGCACUGUGCCCUUUAGAGCGAGAGCUGCUGGGCAUGAUUUUAGACUCAGAAAGUUUGUUGGUUUGGAUUUCAGGGUGGUUUAUGUUUUGGCUUGUUUCUUAUUUUGGUCCCCUUGGGAAAAACAUGCCACUUAGAUACUGGCUUUAGAAGUACUGUCUGGGGACAGUUUAACUGGAGUAGCUGCAUUUACUUCUUGCAGGAAGAAUAUUCAGUUAGCUCUUUAGAACUGGGGUUCUAAGAAUUCUGAAAGACCUUUGAGUGCUCAUAUGUUCUUUGUCAUACAGACAAAAACUUAAAAGUAUCCCUUAUGUGAAAUAAACUCAUGUUAGUCAUUUCCUA